AUCCAUCUCGCCGAGAAACCCACGGCGCAUUUGGUUAUCGCAUUUCUCAGGUAAGGCUCAGGUUUCGGAGUAGCGAAGCUUUUAAAGUGUGCAUCUGGCUACCGGCAUGGCUGGAGAGCAAGCGUUCCACCGGGGAGGCGUGUACGGAGGCGGCAGCGCCGUCGGGCCGGACUACAUGCGGGCCAUCCGCGGCGACGACGACUACUACGGCGGGCACGGCCAGGGCCACAACCAGCCGGCGGCCGUCACCCUCGCGAAGGGGGUGGCCGCGGCGGCGGCCGCCGGGUCGAUGCUGUUCCUGUCGGCCCUGACGCUGACGGGCACGGUGCUGGCGCUCAUCGUGGCGACGCCUCUGCUGGUGAUCUUCAGCCCCGUGCUGGUGCCCGCGGCCAUAGCGGUGACGAUGCUGACGGCUGGGUUCGUGUCGUCGGGGGCGUUCGGCGCGGCGGCGGUGGCGGUGCUGGCGUGGAUGUACAAGUACCUGUCGCACGGGUCGCCCUCGCCGAUGGGGGCUGACACGGUGGACCACGCGGGCGCGAAGCUGGACUCCAAGGCGCACGACGUGAAGAACUGGGCGCAGCAUCGCCUCGACCAGGCCCGAGCUCCGUAGGCAUGUUUUGGUCAUUUGCCCUCCUAUGUGGUUACCAGUGUGGAUCCACGCCUCUCUAUGUACGGACGUGCCUGCGGGCGGUGCUAGUACCACCGACGAAUAAUAAGUUGUUGCAUAUCUUA